UGGGAGCGAGCUCCUCUCUCUUCCAUUUCGAACGCAUCCCUGCAUCACCCAACAAGAAAUCAUCUAUCUGGAGGCCCUCCGAUAAUUUUUGUUAGCAGUUCUCCAUAUUUGGCCUCAGAUUUUAAAAUGCUGCUGUAUAUCCCCUUCUUCGCAUCGGUGGCAAUCAGCUGCGUACUGGCCGCCCCUGGACAAGGUGGUGCAAGAAAUAAUCUUCUGAGACUAGCUCGAGAAGACAAAUCCUCAAGACUUCACCUAGAUUUCAACGGAGCUGAUGUCAUCCGCAACCUGUUAGCCGCCAGAUCCUUGGACCGACUUGGUGGUGGAGAGGUUAUCCGAAUCUUGGACCCCUUAACUGGAGGUCAGAUGCUCAAAUCUUUGGAACAGCUCAGCUCUGGUCAAGGACUCAACUCCCUGGACAACUUCAGGGGUGGUGAGGUCCUCAGCGUCCUGGACAGGCUGACAGGAGGAGAUUUCAUCAACUCUUUGGACAUGGUUGAAGGCGUUACUGUCAUGGCAGCUCUAGACAAGGCACGACAGGCCAAAAUGAGGCACAGACCAGCCCCUAAACGUACCUUAGACACCCUCACUGGAAUGGCAUUUGGAGAAAGCAAGAGAUUCGAUUCCCUAAGUGGAUCCACCUUCGGACUCAGCAAGAGAGAUUUCGAUGAGAUCGACAAUGUUGGUUUCACUGGUUUUGCCAAAAGAGGAUGGGGAUCCUACGGCAGAGGAAGAGGCAACAGUCUGGCUCUAGCGAAGAAGAAUUUUGAUGAGAUCGACAGAGCUGGGUUUGAAACCUACAAUAAGAGGAAUUUUGAUGAAAUCGAUCGAGCAGGAUUCGAAACUUUUGAAAAGAGAGAUAGGAAAGAUUAGAUUUUUUUCCAGGUAGGUUUAUUCAUCCAUCACUUUAGAAGAAAGCUGUCAUUUGUGUAAUAGGAAGAAAAGAAGAACUUACCAGUGAAAUGGCGAGAAGACAAGUUCUUACAAAAUUAUUGUCAGAGAACUUAUUUCUGCUGGACUAAGAAUCAAGAACAAUUUCUUUCAUUUUUCUUCUGUCGUCUGAAAUCAAAUAAACACUGUUCUAGAACUUGGAUGCUUUUCUUCUCAUCUGUUUAAUGUAUUAUUGUAUUGCCCCCUUGUGUCACUACUCAUUGUUCUGUGUCUAUUUGUAUAGUUUUGUUGCAAAAUUAAAGACCAAAUAUUUAAAAUUAA